UGUGGAUUACGAGAAUAUUUAAAGACGGAAACUGUGAAUCCGGGAUGGGAACUAACCCAAAAAGGACAGUGACAGUCCAGAUGGUGCCUCAGCUGGCUGUGGUGGACACGCUGGGUAAUAAGGAGACUAAUGCCAACUGGGCUAAAGAGCCCAACCUCAAACUCUCUCAGGUUUGUCCAAAACCCACCCUCACAUCUCCAGACCACAAACAGGAUAACUUAUCUCUGACUGCUUCUCCCGCAAACACCAUCCCACAUACCCAAAAAACAGCUUCCAAGGGAGAGGAACCAGUUAGCAGCGCUGCGUCAGACAAACCAGUACCAACUAAUGGAAACCAGACAAAGUCAGAGCUUGUUACAGGUGGAGACCAACAGAUGCCAAACCUGUCGCUAACAGGUGAUGGCGUGGGUGAGGCAGGAGCCGGACAGAGGGAUUCCAACGCUAAUAUGAAAAUGGUAUGCCUGGCUGAUGAAAAGGAUAUCUGUAAGGCUGCUGUGUCGCCUGCUCUUUCAGCGUCAAAGGUCGACAUACAGACCAAUGACUGCAGAAUAAAAGGGCCAAGUGCAGCUGAGGAGGAGUGUACAAAGCUGACAUCCUCGGCCAAAGCCACAGCACGAGAGGACAGCAAUAAAAAUGUUUCUCCAAAUAAUAAAAAUCUUAACAACGCAUGUGAAUUAAGGCAUACAGUAUCUGAACUACAACACGAUGAUAAAGGGAGUAUUCCAGCUCCCAAAAAUGAGGGCUCUGCUGUACCACAGAAAUCUCAAGAGCCGGAUCAUAUACAUGGCUGCUCACAAAGCUCUGUCAGUCAGCAAGGGACACCUAAACCUAAACAAAGCAUAGAAACAACUGCAGCUCCACCUAAGAGCAAAGAUGCAGAGGCCGGGUUUACAAAUAAGAAUUCAAGUUCAACACAUCCAGAGAAAGAUUUGCCACCAGUAAAGAAACCACAGGUCUCCUCAGAUCAACAUCAGCCAGUGUCUUCACAGAAGGACUCUUCCACUCCUCCUCAGGCUAUACAAAACAUGCCAGCAUAUGGGCAGGUGGCUAAGGAAGCCAGCCAGACUGUCACAGCUGUCUUUGAAGGGCAGCAGCAGCAGCAGCACUCCAAGCUGUACAGGGAGGUUUCGACGAUGACCUUAACCCUGCUUUCCACGCCAGUCAAGCAGUGCAGUGAUAUGGAGGUUCAGGCGGUGGCUAAUAUGUGUAGCAAGGCUGUGGCAACAAGUCCGAGCCUGCUUCCUUUCGCUGUGACUCGCAGGCCGAGUGGUGGUGCAGUCCCCAGGGAGGAGGCGCAGAGCCUGGCUGUAGUCUACCAGGUCGACAGGGGUGUUGGACUACAUCAGAUGAACAUAAAUACAAUCUCUGCCUCUACUGAUUCGAGGUCAGAGAGACUCACUGUUGAGGCGGAGAUGUGCCUCAACCAUAAUGCUGCCGGGGUUUUCCACUCAGAAACUUUGUCCCAGCAGCAAGACAAUAGGCUCGGAGCAAAGCCUAAAGACCCCGGGUCAGCUCUCUGCAACACCCAGCCAGUUUAUCAAAUCAACAUUGAACACAGCAACCACAAGGAGCAAGGAGAGACAGGAAGCUCCCAGUAUAAAACAGAAGUUCAGACAUCUGCAGUGAAAAUAGCCACCACUGAUGCAACCUCUCUCAAACCAGGAACACUCCAAGAGACAGCUUCCAAGUCUGGAUCAGCUGACAGUAACAGUGCUGUGGUGUCUCAGGCUGCUGUUACAACCAAGCCCAACCAGGCUCUGCCAACAACAACAGCAACAAACACUACGUCAAAGUCAGAACUUACUAAAGAUAAAGCUGGAAGUCCUAAAGCAAAGGCUAAAGCUAAAGGGAAAACUCUGACAAAGGAGACAAAGUCUGGCAAACAGCAGAAAGAAUCAGAGAGAAAGGAGGAAGAAGAGGACCAGUCUGAAAAGGAGAAAGAAAAGGGCAUCCAUGAUGUCGUCUGGGAUGAGCAAGGGAUGACUUGGGAGGUCUAUGGUGCUUCUGUGGACCCAGAAUCCCUUGGUUUUGCCAUUCAGAGCCACUUACAGUGCAAAAUCAAGGAGCAAGAGAGGAAACUGAUAGCCCAGACCUCCUUCCGAAAGUCAAUCUCUGGUGGUGACUCUCCGAAACAUGUCAGGAAGAACAAAAGGAGGCAGCAGAACAUUUUCAGGUCAAUGCUGCAAAAUGUCAGGCGGCCCAACUGCUGCAUGCGUCCCCCUCCCUCGUCCGUCCUCGAGUAGCACAGCACAGAGGUAGCCAAUGUCAGACUCCUCCCAUUUCCUAGAGGUCAAAACGUUUGUCCUCCCCUCGUCAUGAUUACAAUGUCAAGUGAAACAUUAACGUGACGACAAUCCCUGUAAGUAAGUAUACUGGAGUGAUGUAGCAUAAAGAGUCAAACUAUUUGUGAUGUUUGUGAUCAAAGAAGGUAGGGAAUAGAAAUAUAAAAUGAACAACUCAAGGCUUAUUUUCUAAAAGAUAAAGAUACGUAUUAUAAAAAGAGAGAAACUGUUUUUAAAUAACAAAGGCAAUAAUAGUGAAACGCAUGUAUAUUAGUUAAAAAAGGCACUGAUCAUGGGGUAGACGUAUUAUUUACUGUCAGAAUAUUUGUGCAGAUAUGUUAAACCAACAUCUCAUUACAUUUGGUGCACUUGGUAUAUGUAUUUGAGGUGUUUUGGGGCCCUAUAUUUAUACGAUUGCUGUAUUUUCUUUUCAGCCACGUUUAUUUUC